AUGGGUUUCAAGCUCUCUCUCCUCUGGACGGCGCCAGAGGUCAAUCCGCUGAACGGCAAAGCGCGCUCGAUCCCUAUGCUUAACCCAAUCGACAGAUAUGGCCGGACCUUCUUCUUCUCCUGGUUUGGAUUCCUGGUCGCAUUCUUGUCCUGGUAUGCCUUCCCGCCACUUCUCACCCGCACUAUUCGUGAGGAUCUUCGCAUGAGCCAGAAUGAGGUGGCCAAUUCCAAUAUCAUGGCUCUCACCGGUACGCUGGUCAUCCGCCUCAUCGCUGGUCCCCUCUGCGAUAAAGUCGGCCCUCGCUAUGUCUUCGUGGGAUGCCUGAUGGGUGGUGCCAUCCCAACUGCGCUCGCGGGCACCGUGACCACGCCGGCUGGCAUCGUCGUGCUGCGGUUCUUUAUCGGUAUACUCGGCGCUUCUUUCGUCCCGUGCCAGGUUUGGUCGACGGCGUUCUUCGACAAGAACGUUGUCGGCACGGCGAACGCUUUGGCUGGAGGUUUCGGUAACUCGGGUGGUGGCAUUACGUACUUUGUCAUGCCCGCCAUCUUCGACUCUCUCGUCAAUGACCAGAACCUUACACCUCACGUAGCAUGGAGAGUCUCGUUCAUCGUCCCCUUCAUCAUCAUCACUGCCGUCGCACUGGGUAUCCUCUUCAUGUGUGAAGACUGUCCCGCCGGCGUCUGGGCCAACCGCCAUCAGAUUCUCGACAACAUCGUGGCCGUCCCUUCUUCGCCGACCUCGAUCCUCGCGAAGACAGGACCCGCAGGCGAGCACACGUAUGCUUCCGAGCCCGACCAAGAAGCAGCCAACACCCGCUCCGCAAUCGAGAAGGCCGAGCACGAAGUCGUCGUGGCGCCCACGGUGAAGGAAGGUCUCGCCGUCCUGUUCUCCCUCCAAACCCUCUCCCUCGCGGCGCAGUACGCCUGCUCCUUCGGCGGCGAGCUCGCCAUCAACUCCAUCAUCGGGUCCAUGUACCUCAAGAACUUCCCGCACCUGGGCCAGACCGGGUCCGGGCGCUGGGCGGCCAUGUUCGGGCUCCUCAACGUCUUCUUCCGGCCCAUGGGCGGCAUCGUCGCCGACGUCGUCUACAAGUACACCGCCGGCUCGGUCGGGGCCAAGAAGGCGUGGACGGUGUUCUGCGGCGUCGCCAUGGGCGGCUUCGAGCUCGCCAUCGGCCUCCGGAACGCGCGGCAGGAGGCCACCAUGUUCAGUCUCGUGGCCGGCCUCGCCGUCUUCAUGGACGCCGCCAACGGCGCGAACUUCGCCGUCGUGCCUCACGUCCAUCCGUUCGCGAACGGGAUCGUCUCGGGCCUCGUGGGCGCGGCGGGAAACCUCGGGGGCAUCAUCUUCGCCAUCGUUUUCCGCUACAAUGGCAAGAACUACGCGCGCGUCAUUUGGAUCAUAGGUGUUGUGUCCAUCGGUGUCAACGUGGCCGUUGCGUGGAUCAGACCGGUUCCGAGGAGGCAGAUUGGUGGUCAGUAG